AUGUGCCUUUAAUCUUGAAUAUAGCCAGUACAAUGAUGUUUUGUGUUUGAUCUCACAUGCUAAGGUUAGUGACAACGGCAGCUCCUUUGAAUGCUAAGACGCACUUAAAAAACAAACAACGUAGAACAUUUCCUUUCAUAUGCAAAUAAAUAACGUGGGCAGUGAACUUCAUGUUGGUCUAAUAAAAAAUAAAUACCAAGGAACAUCACCUUGAUGUCGGUUGGUUCUCAUUAGUGCCAUGCCUUCCACUAACAUGUUUAAUGUGCUGGUGAAGGUUCUAGAAGAAGGAAGGAUGCCAGUGGAGAGCAGUAGCAGCGGUGUGGUCCGACAGGCCAAGCAGAAGAGGAAAUCUCACAGUCUGUCUAUAAAGAGGACCAACAGCACUGAACAGGACCGCUUGGGCCUGCAUAGAGACAUGCUGGACGGCCAGUCGUGUGAUAAUCUGGAAUGUUUGGCCAGAAUAGAGGACUCCAAACUGCCUUUGUCUCUGAAGACCAACCUGAUGGAUCUGUUCAGCCAGAUCGAAAGAGAGUUUGAGAGCCUUUACAUCGAGAACAUCGAGCUUCGCAGAGAGAUCGAGACGCUGAACGAUCGCUUGACUGCAGACGGUCAGACUCUAGAAGGCGCAGACUUGGCCAAAGGAGCCCUGAAAACAAAAACGAGUCACAGCACCAGUCAGCUGUCACAGAAACUCAAGACCACCUACAAGGCCUCCACUAGCAAGCCGCGUUCAAACUCUUGCCACGCCCCUAUAAGCGGCGCCCGCAACUUCAGCGUAAGCGGCUGGGAGUUGUGGGGCGGAGACUCAUGGAUUGUGUCCAGUUUCAAAGCCACCACGUCCAGAGCUGUGUGUCACCUGCUCAGAGAGUAUGUGGGCCACAGAGACGGUAUCUGGGACCUCAGCGUGACCCGGACCCAGCCCACGGUGCUUGGUACUGCAUCUGCAGACCACACGGCCAUGUUGUGGAGCAUCGAGACGGGGAAAUGUCUCCUCAAAUAUCUGGGCCAUCAAGGAUCAGUCAACUCCAUCAAGUUCCACCCCACUGAACAGAUGGCACUAACAGCAUCGGGGGACCAGACAGCUCACAUCUGGAGGUUCCUGGUGCAGCUGCCCACGCCGCAACCCGUUGCAGACGUCAGCCAACCCCCCUGCGACGACGACGUUGAGGUUUCCGACAAAGAUGAGGCCGACGUGGAAGCGGACGGUUCCAGCGACUGCCCGUCCGUGCGCGUGGCGUCCGUCACGCUGCGCAGUCACCAAGGCGUGGUCAUUGCUGCUGAUUGGCUGGUGGGGGGCAAGCAGGCGGUGACGGCCUCCUGGGACCGAGCCGCCAACCUUUACGACGUGGAGACAUCAGAGCUGGUCCACUCGCUCAUGGGUCACGACCAGGAGUUGACGCACUGCUGCACCCAUCCUACUCAGCGCCUGGUGGUCACCUCGUCCAGAGACACCACCUUCCGACUGUGGGACUUCAGAGACCCGUCCAUCCACUCCGUCAACGUCUUCCAGGGACACACUGACACGGUGACAUCUGCCGUUUUCACUGUGGGGGACAACGUGGUGUCGGGGAGUGACGACCGCACGGUCAAAGUGUGGGACCUGAAGAACAUGAGGUCGCCCAUAGCAACCAUCCGCACAGACUCUGCUGUCAACAGGAUCAGCGUGUCAGUGAGUCAGAAGAUCAUCGCUCUCCCUCACGACAAUCGGCAGGUCCGACUGUUCGACAUGUCAGGAGUGCGACUGGCCCGUCUGCCCAGAAGCAACAGACAGGGUCACCGCCGCAUGGUGUGCUGCUCAGCGUGGUGUGAAGACAACACCUCAUGCAACUUGUUCACGUGCGGCUUCGACCGCCAGGCCAUUGGCUGGAACAUUAACAUCCCCGCCCUCCUGCAGGAGAAAUGACCCUGCCCCCUCCUUGUUCUAACAUGUAAGUCUGUGAAAGGUUGUCACGUGCCAUCAGUGUUUGUUCACGCGACAACUUCACGCGUCUUUUUGACAAAGCGAUCGCUUACUGCUGCCAAUGUGCACUGAGCACAUCUUCUUGCCGUGUGUGUGCUUGUGUGCGUGUGUGUGUGUGUAUGUUUGCGUGUGUAAACACACUUUCAUUACCGUGUGUGUUUAGUGUGAAAGCGACUUCUGCACAUCUGAUAAAAAAAAUGUGUGCCACUGAUGGGUUAAAAAAAAGCACAACACAGAAGCUUAUUGUGACCUUAAUGCUAACAUCAUGUUAAAAUACCCGUGGUAAGUAAUAAGAACGUGUGAAAAAUAUACUCAGUUGUCACUUUGUUAGCAGGUACACAGUCUUUUUUCUUAUUGCCUCUCAUUGUACAGAUUGUGUACCUAAUCAAGUGUCCGCUGAGUGUUUGUGUUACAGAGGUAUGUAUUGUUUGUUAGCAUCCUAGGCCCUUGCAAUACCACUUUGUAUUCCAGGAGGCAAUAGUGAGUCACUGGCAUCAAGGAGGCUCAGACAUGUCUGCUACUUGAAAUGUUGCCUUGUCAGUGUUAGUAAGAUCCUAGACAUACAUAUGUAGACGCCGCGUCGAGUGCCGCGCUUAAUCACACGUGGACAUCGCCAUAUUGGAUGUGUCAAUAGCGAACAGAGAAUAUGCCUCAUUUAUGUGCUGCAUGGAAUUGUACCAACCACUUUACAGUCCAGACCACAUCUCAUGGAUCACCUUUCACAGGUUGGACCACAUAAUUAAUUUUGAUUAAAACAUUGUACAAAUUGAAUCUGAUGACUUUAAUACUAUGAAGUCCCGCGCAUAAUACUGUGGAUUCUUGUGGUGAAACCAGCCUCCAAACAACUAGGAAAGGCCCUUUAUCAAGUUCAGUCUAUUUUCUGCAUUCGUUUUUGGGGUAGAUCUGCUACAUCCAAUAUGGCGGACACCUGGAUUUAUUGCAGCCUGUCUAUGAUCUACGCAUAUAUGCGUAUGAUCUGCGUUUAUACAUCCCUCAUUUACACAUAAAUCUAUGAACUAUUAUAUAUUCCUACAAUAUAUGCUUGAUAUAUAUGUUCUACACAUAUAUGUCUACUGUCUAUUAUUUACGUAUGUAUGUCUAAAAUCUACAUAAUAUAUGUCUGAUCUACGCAUAUAUGUGUGUGUGAUCUACUAUAUAUUGGUAUGAUCUAUGCAUGCAUAUACAGCUAUGGUCUAUGUAUGUAUGUCUAUGAUCUCCACAUUUACGUACAUGUGUCUAGGAUCUACGUAUAUAUGUAUAUGAUCUACACAUGUAAGAUCUAUGUAUAUAUGUCUAUGAUCUACACAUAUGCCUAUGAUCUAAGCAUAUAUGUCUAUGAUCUACGCAAUAUACGCCUAUGAUAUAUGCUUCAAUACGUGUAUUUCUGCAUAUACUGAAUGUCUGAUCUAAAAAAUGUAUAUGAUCUACACAUAUACGUGUAUUCGUUAUUAGGGAUGUAUACCGAUUACAGGUAUUUUUUGGUACCGCUUCCUAAUUGUGUCGGUCCAACAGGACCAUUAAAAUUCUGAACUAAUGGUACGGCUGUUGGUAAAAAAAAUUUUUUUUAUCCAGCUUACAGUAAUUAUGACAUACGCCCGCUGUCACAUUCAUUCAGGUGCAGAAUUCUAUUCCAAGCAGAAUAAAAGACAGAGGUAGUAUCGUGAUACAUUUCAGGUCGAUCACGGUGAUCAGCUGUGAGCAUAUAUUAACUCCAUCAAACAUGGCGGAACAGCCAAUCUGAGCCCACAUUUUAUCGCACCAUUUCCGGUUACAAAGGUACACAUAAGUUAACAGAAUGAGAGCUAAAAAAUGUCAGCCAUAACUUGUAUCUAGGGCCCUAUGAUUUACACGUGAUUGGACUCGCGGACGGAAUCAAUGUUCGCUAAAAACAGAAUCUAAAUGCGGUAAUUCGUGGAAAUUAGCCUAAAGCGACUGAGAUACUGUUAUUGAGAGGGAAAGGGGAUAUCAUGUUUACUUGACAAACACUCACCUCCAUGAAGGCUCUGGAAUGCAUCCUUCUCCUACCAUCUCUGUUACUACCUUCCUGACACGCGGCCACCACAAACUACCAAACUAACUCCAAAAUACAGAGCCGAACAUUUCCCAAAUGCCUUUUACGUGUCAGGUGAUAUGUUUCUUUUGCAAAUUUGAAGACUAUUUGUCGUCCAAAAGCUGUGACAAACACCUGCUACUGCUGCUAAUGCUAGGAAGUUGUAGACGUGACCGCCGAUCUUCAUUGGUACGUUAAAGAUAACUUGGCAGCUUCUAAUACUGUAGAUGGAGCACCAGUGUUGAAAUAAUAACAGAUGCAUCUUUGUGCGUGCUUUUUUUACUUGAAAGCAUGUACACUGGAAAUUAUUGGUACAUUAUUAUGCUAUUGUGCUUUUUCUUAUUUAAAAUAUUUUUUUAUCUACCCAGAAUGCUAAUACAAUGUUGAAAUAAUCCUUAGUUUAUUUGUUUUCAGUGUAGAUGCUUUACAACUGGCAGGUGAAAAAACUCUGUAAGAUAUCAUUAUAUUAAUCGAAAUUGGAUGAUACUGUAUGAAAAAAAUUGUUGCACAGCCCUACGAUCCGAUAACCAGCUUGCAAUAAUCACAAAUAAGGAAGCAACACCACACACAAGUUUGUAACACAACAAUAUGUCUUCCUCAAAAGUCUGCACGCUAAGCAUUACUAUAAGUUUGAAGUAAACGCGCUUUACUUAACUUCAUCAACGCUUUAUCAACCGUCCUCGUAGCAAUCCAGUAAUCCACAGGCCAAUAUUAAUCCACUCAAAAAAGUGAAUAAUUCAAGUACUGAAAUAAUCCAUGAAGUUGCUCAGAAGCAAGAUAGCGAUGCUGACGCCAGUCGCCGUCUGACGUCGCUCCAUCGCGGAACGUUUGCGUAGAAACACAGUGAUGGAUCUGUGUGAUCUUUACAAGAUGACAUAAUAACUGCAUUGCACCUUGUUUAAGACUUAAAAAACAGGUGUUGAUAAAAGACUUCCGUGCUGUGAGAUGUUACACGAUGUUGGUGGUGCGCAACCUCUUGUGUUAAUAAAAAUGCUAAUAAAAAAUGAUUUUUUUCACAUCUUUAUUUACACCAAUUACAUACAGUACCAAUAAGAGUACUGAAGAAUACCGGUAUCCAUAAGUAAUAUCGAUAUUGGUAUCAGUAUUGAUAAAAUCCUAAUGAUAUACAUCCCUAUUCGUUACGCAUACUGUCUGUCUAUGAUCUGUUCGUAUAUGUCUAUGAUCUACUUAUAGAUGUCUAUGCGUAAUAUUGCCAAGUUAGUGUUAGCUAAUGUGCUGCCCCAUACGGGCCUAAAGUGUCAGCUUACAUAAAGCGUUAGAAAGAAGCCCCGCCCGCAUUUAAAGGAACAUAGUAAUACGUUUUAAACGUUGUUUUAUUUAUUAUGCGCUGAUGUCUCAGCAUGCUGCCAUGCUACACGAUAUAUCUCUGCAAACUUUAUUAAUGUUACUAUUCCGGUAGAGGGACGUUUGAAAAGAUUGCACUGUAAAAGAAAAAAAAGGUAAAAGAACAAGUGGAAAAGCCCACAUUUUCCGACAGAUCUCCUCUUGGAGAAGAAAGUAAUUGAGGACGUAGAAAGAAAAAACAUGUUGUGGUUCUAAUUCUAACAUAGCAGCAUGAGGAGACACUCAGUAGUGAUUUCUUAAUAACAAGUUGUGACUUUUUGUCUUUUGUGGGAACUUCCGAACAACAAAAGUGUGUUAAAUGUCAAAUGUUUGAUAGUCAUAACUUGCGCAGCUCAUGUAAAGUCCUUUCAAAUGUUUUUUUUCAUAUGAAAUGUAAUAUAUAAAGAGCAUCACGUCAAGUGUAUUUCAUCCAUUUUGACUGAUUGUGUAUUUUAUUUUUAAACAUUGUAUUCCCUCACAAUGAAAUCCCAAAUAUGUACUUUGACUGACAAAUAUUUCAAGAGUAAUAUUAUGUUCAUGUUCAUCAGCAUUUACUUUUUAUGGAUUCAAAGUAAUACUGGUAGUAGUACUCAGCACACUUUAGACAGUAUUCACACAACACACACAAUAAAACCUUUAAAUCAUUGAAGUGCAUUUUUGUCAGUGUUAGGUGUGUAACACGUUACAUGUUAAUAAAGCAAUUUUCUUCUUCA